AUGUGCUAGCGAUAAAGUAUCCAUAAAUAAUCUUUAUAUUAUUGAGAAAAAUUCACAAUCACUCAUAGGUCACAACAUAACAUAACACAACACAGGUGUAAAUAAUAAUUUGGAAAAAGUGAUAUUACAACUACUAUUACUAUUACAAAAGAACAUGCCCACGGCCGAAGCCGAACGUCCUGCUGCCAGCGGCAGCGGUAGCAGCACCACCACAAGCUCCUCAUCCAACACGGCCGCCAAUCAGCGCGGUGUCAGCCGCGUACUUGCCAAAUUGUCGCAUUCGUUGGCCGAAGGAGAAUAUUACGAGGCCCACAUGAUGUAUCGAACGUUAUAUUUUCGAUAUACUGCCCAAAAACGUUACGAGGACUGCUUAGAAUUGUUGUACGAUGGUGCACAAAAGCUCAUCGAAAAAGAGCAGGAGAGCAGUGCUGCCGAUUUGUGUUUAUUGCUAUUGGACACACUGGAAAAGCGUGGUGCCAUUGCCGAAGAUGUUGAUAACUUUCAGUGGGUGCCACGACUGGGCGCACUAAUACGUGGCCUUAGCGCCACGACAGUGGAGCGUGAAACACUUAUUCAACGCGUUGUCAAGUGGAGUACGGCAUUGCAUGGACAAUUUGGCCAUCCAUUGUUGCAUAAACUGAUUGCGCAUGUCUUUUGGGCCGAAGGCAACAUUGAGUCAGCACGUCAUCAUUACUUGCUCGCCCAGGAUGGCAGUCUCUGUGGUCGCGUCCUCAUCGAGAUCAGUCAAAACAAGGGCUUCCAAAGUGAAGUGGAUUUGUUUGUGGUGCAAGCAGUGUUGCAACAAUUAUCGUUGAAGGAUCGCAAGACCGCGGAGGAGACAUUCAUCGAGUACACACGUUAUCAUCCGAAAUUAUUGCGACAUGCGUUUCCCUACAAGGAACCGCUGGUGAAUUUCCUCUACUUUCUGUUUCGUCUCAUCGAAACGAAGAGUGUGACGGGUUUUCGUGCUCUACGCAAACUUUACGAUCCCUCCCUGAAGCGCGACACAUCAUUUCACAAAUAUCUGACGAAAAUCGGUGUCAUCUACUUUGAUGAGCAGCCAGAACAUGUGCACACUGGACCCGCCGGACUUGGCGGCAUGUUUGGCGAUAUAUUCAAUCGUUUGAUGCAGGGUUUCGAUGAUGAUGAUGAUGAUCAGCAGCAACAGCAUCAAAGCAGCAGACCUGGCCAGCAGCAGAGACAACGACAACAAAAUGCAAGCAAUGAGCUCGAUUAGCGGCAAAUUCAAUUAAAAUUCUUUGCUACUUAUACAACGGGCUUUCUUUAUAAUGUUAUCAUAUAAACCACAUACAUAUAUAUAUUUGCUAAAAUCUAAA